CUUCUGCUCACCAUGUUCUCCUGGGCCAUCGCAGCGUUAGCUCUCGCAGCGAGCAGCUCUGCUGCCUCCAUCAGCUCCGCUGCCGCUGGCAUCUCGUCCCCACACAUCCAUGCUCGCUCACAGGUCAUGAACGAUACUGGCCUCCGUUACGUGCAGAACUCUGGCGUGUGCGAGACGACGCCGGGUGUCAACCAGGUUUCUGGCUAUGUCGAUGUUGGUCAGAACCAAUCCAUGUGGUUCUGGUUCUUCGAGGCGCGCGAGAACCCCGAGAAUGCCCCCUUUACCAUCUGGGUACAGGGUGGACCAGGAUGCUCCUCAAUGAUCGGUUUAUUCCAAGAGAACGGACCUUGCACGGUCAAUGCCGAUAAUGAAACUGUCUAUAACCCUUAUAGCUGGAAUAACGCUAGCAACAUUAUUUAUGUCGACCAGCCUAUUGGAACCGGAUUCUCUUACGGUACUGAUACAGCAAACAGCACGGUAGCAGCAGCCCCACCUGUGUGGACGCUUUUCCAAAUGCUCUUCGAGACUGGCCUAUUCUCGAACUAUUCAAGUCGAGAGAUCAUCUUGGGCACCGAGAGCUACGGAGGGCACUACGGACCUGAAUUUGUCACCUACUUCAACCAGCAAAACUCCCUUAUCGAGAGCGGCGCUAUCCAGGGCGUGCCCAUCAAAAUCACUGCCAUGCUGAUCAACAACGGUUUCUAUGAUCCGUACCUGCAGAACAAUGCUGCGCUCAAUUUCUCCACAUACGCUCCGGGAUACGGCCAGCUUGUAUCAGACGAGGUGCUCGCAAACAUCUCAAAUGCGCUGUAUAUGCCUGGAGGCUGCAAUGACCUCGAGCUCCAAUGUUACGCUGCUGGGAACUUGGAGACGAGCGCCUCUGACGACAUUUGCUACCAGGCAUUGGUCUACUGCGCCGACUACGUCGUGACGGCUUCCAUCGGCGACCGUGACGAGUACGACCUUCGUCAGGGUCCCAACCAAACAUUCCCUCCAGAAUACUACGUGAAUUACCUCCAGGAGACCUCGGUCGGUCAGAAGAUUGGCGCUGAGGUGCCGUACGCUGAGUGCGAUGCUGUUCCGUACUACGCCAUGUGGAAUACUGGCGAUAACGCGAAGACGCUGCUGCCGCAGCUGUCGGAGCUGGUCAACUCUGGUCUUAGGGUCCUUCUCUGGCACGGCGACGCUGACAUUGUAUGCAACUGGCUCGGCGGCCUUUCUGUCGCGCAGAACCUGAUCUGGUAUGGGAACGAGACGUUCAACGCGACCCCUAUGACGAACAUAACUGUUAACGGCAAGACGGUGGCCGCCGUUCAGAACGCAUAUAACUUUACCUUCGCGAGGGUCUACGGCUCUGGGCACGAAGUGGCAGCCUUCAUUCCUGAGGGAGCUCUGGCGAUCUUCCGCCAAGUCAUUGCUUACGAACCCUUGCAUUCUGUCUAAUCUUACAUCUUGAUAAUCCGAAGCGCAUUGCCUGUACCUCACAUUAGUAGAUCUUAUAAAAGUCUUUUUCC